CCUCUUUCUUCCAAGGUGAAAUCUGACAAGGAAGUCAUGUCCCAUAAACCUGUUUCCAACCGUCGACUACGUCCCAAGGUCCCAAGACCCUUGCGCAAACGCAUCGAACGUGCAUGUACAAGAUGUCGCGUGCGAAAGAGAAAGUGCCGCUUCAGCGAUCAAUAUGACAUAUGCGACAACUGCCGGCGGGCUGGCCAUUCCUGUGUCGUAGAACCCACUACUGAUCCAGAACUGUCGUCGUAAACCCACACGUAUCCGAACCCACACUUGUCUGUCUGGCUGAUAAACUUGGCCCGAAAAACAGUGCUCCCCUUAUGGAUCCAGUCCUCAAAGAUAUUGAAAAUGAAUUUCGUUCGCAGCACCCAGAUAUCUCACUCCGGCCAGAACAUUGGGAGACACUUGCCCGCAUCUUUAGCCGUCGCUGGGAUUCUGAUAAUAACUCUAAUAAGAUGUCUCUUAGUCAUAAAUUUGCAACCACCUCCAGUCAAGACCCCGACUUAUUUCCACAUAUGGGGAAGUCCGUUUUUGCAGAGUCACCUAGACGUAUCCACCAAAGACAGUCAAAUUUCAUCGGGUUUGGGGAUUUUAUUACUUCAGCUUCGAGCGUGCUUUCACAGGGUCGGUCUUUGGAUCUUUUAGAUGACCGUAUGGGCUACGGGUCUCCUCUAGACUACCUCUUUUUAUACAAUACAACCAAGGAGCAGUACUUGGUUCAUAUUCUGCCAAGUCUUCCGACACAAAGCGAAGCAGACUUUAUUAUCUCGACCUUUUUCCUAUAUGCCUCACCUAACUGGUACUGUUUGGAUGAGACCUCAUUUCGAGGACGAGUCACGUCCUUGUAUGAAGACAAUCUGGACAUUUCAUGCAUAGAUUGUGAUUUUCUCUUUCUGGUUCUCACGGUCCUUGCCCUUGGAAGCCAAUUCCUUGAGCUCCGACAAGUGCUGAAACCUCGAGACCCGGAAAUAUCGUUGGCCCCAGCCAUAGACGCACCAGGCGUGUGUUUCAUCCGAUCUGCAACCAAAUUACUCGCCAUGGUACUAAGCAUACCAUCCAUUGAGAGCUGCCAAGGCCUUUUCCUUGCAGGGCUGUAUUACAUCCCCGUGAGCCAAUCCUCUACGUCUCACACAUACAUAGUGUUGGCAAUGAGACUUGCCAUGGCGCUCGCUCUCCAUCGAGGCGAGACAAAGCCAAGCCUGGACAACAUCCAGGUGGAGUAUCGGCAUCGAAUCUUCUGGACACUGUAUUGCAUCGAAAGACGGCUGGCUAUUGCCAUGGGCUAUCCUGAAACUAUCCUGGAGAAGGAGAUUACGUGUCCUCUGCCCAAGUACUGUCGGGAUCUCGACGGCAACAACCAUCUGCAGGUCGAGCGGCACAAAGCACAUGUAAAUCUAACACUGGUUAUCAACCGGCUCAUACGAAGGGACCAAGACUCAUGGUCUACUUACCUAGAGGAGGCUCGCUCAGCUAUACUCUCGUGGUGGGAAGACAUCCCAAUGCAGCUGCGAGACUUGGACAAUGAACAGCUGAGGAACGGAUUCCUUCCCACAGGCGAGGCACUGGGGGAUCCGGCGAUUGAGGCGCUGACCGAACACUGCAUUGCAAGUGCCAACGAGACGAUAAAUUUCCUGGGCUUACUGCGAGCGCACAAGCAGCUUUCGCAUUUUUCCUUUACUGAUUUCCAUUCAUGCGUGUUCGCAAUAAUUGUUCUCCUCCUGGGAAGCAUAUUGCGCCCGUGUGCUGCUAUAAUGCAUCAGGUCCAAGCGGCCAUGGACACUUUGCGGUUCAUGUCGGCAGGCAAUGAAAAUGCCAAGGGCGGCGUCCAUCUGGUCGAGUCAUUCUUGGCUAUCGUCAAUAGGAGCCUAUCUUCAUUAUGCGCGCGCCAGCCUCCUGGAUGCCUCUCGAAUGAUGGAGUUGACAAAUUGGAUGCGGUACGGGUGCAGCAGGAUCACGAUCGGUCUCCUGACUUUUCCAGCACCCAGCCUCGGUCUUCAAUCCCCCUCUUCCCACCUGCGACUCAACAGGGGCUAAACCGCAGCCUGGGUACCGCACUCGGCGACAGUAGCGGAUUCCCUGGGACUCGGUCUCCCGCUGGGGCGGAUAUGUCGCUUUAUGAUAAACUCCGCAUCGCGGCCACCGAAUGUUCCUCCCAGGAACUUCGCUUUUUGGGGAUUACCGAUCUAUUCGAUGAGGACAAUGGACCGGUUGCUUCAAAGCUGAAUUGA